AUGGAUGUUGAGAAACAUGUCACAGGUGUUGUAGUGACGGAGCAAAAAUCGAAGCAAGAGGUUGACACUUCAACACUUGGUAGUUUUGUAGGGCCAUCGACUAUACCUAUUUCAACUUGUCCUUCAUACGAUUAUACGGAGCAUUUUACAACGGAGAUGGUUUUUCUAUCCGAUGAAGCGUUGGUAGAUUGGAUAAGAUGUACUGGUAAACAACACGGGUUUAUCAUUGUGAUUAAGGGUUCUGAGAAAUGUAUUAAGAAUCGCACACCUAGGAUGAGAUUUUCAUGUGAAAGGAGUGGUAAGUAUAGGCCGUUUGUGAAGAAAGUUGAUGGGAAGGAGGUAGCUGUGAAGAAGAGAGUACGGUCCACGGGCACCAAAAAAUGUGAAUGCCCAUUUGAAUUGAAAGCUGUAAAGGGCAAUGAUGGUUGGACUGUCUCUGUCCACAAUGGCACCCAUAACCAUCCUCCAGCGGUGUACUUGGAGGGCCAUUCGCAUGCCGGGAGGUUGUCGGCAGAGCAGACUAGCACGGUGGUUGAUUUGUCAGUCGCUUUGGUGAAACCCAAAGAAAUCUUAACCCAUUUGAAGGUUCAAGAUCCUGAGAACGUAACGUCUAUCAAAACCGUGUACAAUGUACGACACAAGUAUCGAGUGAUCGAGAAAGCUGGAAAAUCUCAAAUGCAACAUUUGUUGGAUCGGCUAGAAAAGUACCACUACGUUCAUUGGGCCCAUGAGAACGAGACUGAGAAUGUCACGGAGUUGUUUUGGUCUCCUCCAUCUGCCGGGGAGAUGUUACGUGCUUUUCCCCACGUUUUAAUGAUGGAUUGCACAUACAAGACGAAUAAGUACAAGUUUCCUUUGCUUCAAAUUGUUGGUGUAACAUCGACGGAGAUGACUUUUUGUGCAGCAUUUGCUUUCAUGGAGUGUGAAAAAACGGAAAACUACACUUGGGUCUUGGAGAAUCUAAAAGGCAUGAUGGAUCCCAACGCGCUUCCGUCCGUUAUUGUCACAGAUAGAGAGUUGGCGCUUAUGAAUGCCAUCGAACAUGUUUUCCCUCAAGCUACCAACCUCCUAUGUAGGUGGCAUAUUGGCAAGAACGUAUUAGCCAAGUGUAGAAAGAUAUUUGAUGACAAGAUGUGGGAGGAGUUUAUUUGUAGUUGGGGCCUAGUCGUCCUUUCAUCGAGUGUUGCACAGUAUGAGGAGCGCCUUUGUGUUUUAAAGCGUAAUUUUGAAAUGGUUCCUGCAGCACUUGAGUACGUCGAGAAAAAUUGGUUGGAGAAGAUUCACAGAUUGAUGUUGUUACAAGUUACUGAAAUCAAAGCUUCGUUUGAGAAGAGCCUUAAUUCUGUGCAACAUGAUUUUAGAACAACUCUAUUUGAUAGGCUAAGGGGAGUUGUUUUGUCAAAUGCCAUGACACUUGUUUUAGCGGCAUCCCAUCAAGUCGAAUGGUUUGUGGAAUCGAAGCGUCAAUGCGAGUGUUCUUUGAGGCACACCCAUGGUUUACCUUGCGCUCAUGAGAUUGCUCCUUACAAGAUGGAAAAUAUCCCUCUACCGAUUGAGUUAAUCUACGACCAUUGGAAGAGACUUUCUUUGCUUGCACCCCAGAAUGAGGGUUCGAUGGAGGAGACGCUUUUGGCUCACUUUGAUUGUUUUUACAACAAGUUCUUGAAAGAAGAUCAAUUUGAUGUAAAGCUAAAUUAUGUUAAGAAAAUGCAAGAGCUUGCUCAUCCGAAAACCAGUACUCUCCUUGAACCCAAAAUGAAUGCACAACCACGCGGUCGGAAGUCAACGAAAGAAAAAAAUGCAGCCAAAGAACAAAAUUCGACGCGUAGGGAUCCUUCAAAAUUUGAGCAUGUUAUGGCAUCCCUUCAAACCCCUAAGCCCGUCAAAGAGAAACCGCGGCGUAAUCUGAAAGGGAAAGCAAAAGUUCCAGCACAACUUUUUAUAUGCCCCUUCAUCAAUCAGUUCCAAGAAGCAAUAAGACCUUACAUAGAAUCGGUCAAGGAUGUUGAAGAUGAUGGGAAUUGUGGGUUUCGAGCAGUGUCGGGCUUCAUGAAAGACGAUGUUUAG